AACGUUUGGAUUUAAAGCUUUGAAUAAAAGACUGAAAUGGACAAAAAAAAACCCGUCUUUUAAACAGUUUGCUUCUGUUUAAAGCUCAGUUUCAUGUUUUCUAUUCAGAAGAAACGUUUCAUGCAUUUACUGAGGAUGUGAAGUGAGUUAGUCCCACCGAAGCAGGUGAGGCUAACAGUUUAGGAUCAAUGAAGGAUCCAUGAUUCUAACGGUCAGUGUUUCUAUGGAAACGGCAUCGCGUUCACAGCUCCGUCUGGUCCUGGAAGAAUCCGCGGAGUUAGCCCUCUGCUGCAGUCCAAAUAAGAAACGAUCUUUGUGAGUGUGUGUGAAUCCUUCGUUUAACGGACAGUGAACCAGAGCACCGGAGGAGAACCGGAUCAGCAGCAGCAUGGGGAAGAAACAGAAGAAGUCCGGAGAGGACAGUGCCAAAGACGACGGCGUGGAUCUGGACGCUCUCGCCGCGGAGAUCGAAGGAGCCGGCGCCUCUAAAGAGCCCAAAGGGAAGAAGAAGAAGAAAGGAGCCAAGAAGGAGGACUACGAUGAGGACGACAUCCUGAAGGAGUUGGAGGAGUUGUCUCUGGAGACUCGGGGAGGAAGAGCUAAGGACGAGGAGGCGGAGAUGGUGGAGCCUCCCAAACCACAGAAGAAGAAGACGAGGAAGGGGAAGAAAGGAGGCGCUGAGGAGGAGGAGGGGGAGGAGGAAGGAGACGACAAGAAGGCGUCUCCUGCUGCUCCUCCCUCGGACUCUGACGAUGACAGCAGCUCUCGCCUCAAAACCCCAAAACAAACGUCUGGUUCUGAAGAAGACGUGAAACAAGGAGGAGGUAAAGAGGAUGAAGGGUCUGACGAUGAGGAGGAGGAGGAGGAGGUGAUUUCCAGGAAAGACAAGAAGAAGAAGAACAAAGGGAGAGCGAUGAAGGCCGACAGCGAGGAGGAGGAUGACCAGGAGGAGGAGGAAGUAGGAGGAUCCAAGAUGAAGACGGCGGCGCAGAAGAAGGCGGAGAAGAAGGAGCGCGAUAAGAAGAAAAAGGAGGAGGAGCGACUGAAGAGGAUGAAGCAGAAGGAGAAGGAGAAGGAGGGCAGCGUGGAGCCACCGAAAAAGGACCCAGAAGCCCCGCCCCCACAGGAGGCUCCACCAAUCGCAGCGGCAGAGGAGCAAGAGGAGGCGGACCCUACGGGAGAAGAGGAGACGGAGGGCGACAAGAAGAAGAAAGACAAGAAGAAAAAGAAGGGGGAGAAGGAGAAGGAGGAGAAGAAGAAGGGACCCAGUAAAGCCGUAGUGAAGGCCAUGCAGGAGGCGCUGGCCAAAAUGAAAGAGGAGGAGGAGCAGGCCAGGAAGGAGGAGGAGGAACGGCUGCUGAGGAUGGAGGAGAUGGAGAAGCAGAGGGAGGAGCAGGAGCGUCUGGAGCAGGAGCGCAAGGAGAAGAAGAAGCAGAAGGAGAAGGAGAGGAAGGAGCGUCUGAAGAAGGGGGGGAAGCUGCUCACUAAAGCUCAGAAGGACGCCAGAGCCCGAGCCGAGGCUACUCUGAAGCUGCUGCAGGCCCAGGGUAUUGAAGUGCCUACCAAAGACGACUCGCUGCCAAAGAAGAAGCCGGUCUACGGAGACAAGAGGAAGAAGAAGCCCACGGCUCAGACUCCGGAAGAAACGUCGGAGGUCGCGUCACCGAUUUCAGAGACGCCGGAGCCUGUUGCCAUGGAGACGGAGGCACCGGCUGCCGUGCCCCCCCCACCAGAGGUGAAGCCGGACGCUGCUGUGGACGACUGGGAGGCCAUCGCCACGGACGAGGAGAAAGAGUUAAAGAAGGUCCACAUCGAGGUGAAGGAAGACGCCUCCGCUGCUCCUCAGCCUGCAGGCAGCGAGGAGGAAGAGGAGGAGGAGGAGGAGGACGAGGAGGAGGAAGACGAGGAGGAAGACGAGAGCGAGGAGGACGGGGAGGAGGAGAAGGAGGAGACGCCCACAGCUCCUCCUCCUCAUCAUCACCAUCACGGGAAGAAGAGGAAGGAGAGCGAGUACGAGAGCAGCAGCAGCGACGACGACGACGGGAGAACGAAGGAGGAGCUCCUGUACGACCGGGCCAAGAGGAGGAUCGAGAAGCGCAGAGCGGAGAACAUGAGGAACAUCGACCUGGACCGCCUCAGGUCUCCGGUGGUCUGCGUCCUGGGACACGUGGACACUGGGAAGACCAAGAUCCUCGACAAGCUGCGACACACCAACGUGCAGGACGGCGAGGCCGGCGGCAUCACGCAGCAGAUCGGAGCGACGAACGUCCCCAGAGAGACCAUCGAGGAGCAGACCAGGAUGGUGAAGAAUUUUGACAAAGAGAACCUGAAGAUCCCCGGCAUGCUGAUCAUCGACACACCUGGGCACGAGUCCUUCAGUAACCUGAGGAACCGCGGCAGCUCUCUGUGUGACAUCGCCAUCCUGGUGGUGGACAUCAUGCACGGCCUGGAGCCUCAGACCCUGGAGUCCAUCAACCUGCUGAAGGAGAAGAAGUGCCCCUUCAUCGUGGCCCUUAACAAGGUGGACCGCCUGUACGACUGGAAGCGCAGCCCGGAGACGGACGUGGUGGCGACGCUGAAGAAGCAGAAGAAGAACACGAAGGACGAGUUUGACGAGAGAGCCAAGAGCAUCAUCGUGGAGUUCGCCCAGCAGGGUCUGAACGCCGCCCUGUUCUUCGAGAACAAAGACCCCCGGACCUUCGUGUCUCUGGUUCCCACGUCGGCGCACAGCGGGGACGGGAUGGGGAACCUCAUCGCGCUGCUGGUGGAUCUGACGCAGACCAUGCUAGCACGCAGGCUAGCUCACUGCGACGAGCUGCGGGCGCAGGUCAUGGAGGUGAAAGCUCUCCCCGGGAUGGGAACCACCAUCGAUGUGAUCCUGAUCAACGGGACCCUGCGGGAGGGAGAGACCAUCAUCGUGCCGGGGGUGGAGGGGCCAAUCGUAACCCAGAUCAGAGGGCUGCUGCUGCCCCCCCCACUCAAGGAGCUCAGAGUCAAGAGUCAGUACGAGAAGCACAAGGAGGUCUGCACGGCGCAGGGGGUCAAGAUCCUGGGGAAGGACCUGGAGAAGACCCUCGCCGGGCUGCCUCUGCUUGUCGCUUACAAAGACGACGAGGUCCCUGUCCUCAGGGACGAGCUGGUGCGGGAGCUGAAGCAGACGCUGAGCUCCAUAAAGCUGGAGGAGAAAGGAGUGUACGUCCAGGCUUCCACGCUGGGCUCUCUGGAGGCGCUGCUCGAGUUCCUGCGGACCUCCAAAGUCCCUUACGCCGGUAUCAACAUCGGCCCGGUGCACAAGAAGGACGUGAUGAGGGCGUCCACCAUGCUGGAGCACGACGUCCAGUACGCAGUGAUCCUGGCGUUCGACGUGAAGGUGGAGAGAGAGAGUCAGGAGAUGGCCGACAGUCUGGGCGUCCGGAUUUUCUCUGCAGAGAUCAUCUAUCACCUGUUCGACGCCUUCACCAAAUACAGAGAGGACUACAAGAAGGCCAAGCAGGACGAGUUCAAGAACAUCGCGGUGUUCCCGGCGAAGGUGAAGGUCCUCCCUCAGUUCAUCUUUAACUCCAGAGACCCCAUCGUGAUGGGGGUCACCAUCGAGGCUGGGGUCCUGAGACAGGGGACGCCGCUCUGCGUCCCGGGGAAAGGGUUCGUGGACAUCGGCAUCGUGACGAGUAUCGAGAUGAACCAUAAAUCUGUGGAAAGCGCCAAGAAGGGGCAGGAGGUCUGCAUCAAGAUCGAGCCCAUCCCCGGGGAGUCGCCCAAGAUGUAUGGGCGGCACUUUGAAGCCACCGACAUCCUCGUCACCAAGAUCACACGCGCGUCCAUCGACGCUCUGAAGAACUGGUUCAGAGACGAGAUGCAGAAAAGUGACUGGCAGCUGAUCAUGGAGCUGAAGAAGACCUUCGAGAUCAUCUGAGGGAGCAAACACACACACACACACACACACACACACACACACACACACACACACCCUCAGAUGAAGCUGGAAAAAGUAAAAAAAAGAAAACCUGAAAAAAGACGUGAAGUGUUUUUCUGUGAGAAACGAACAGUUCUUUCCACUGUUGUAAACAGUGACACACACACACACACACACACACACACACACACACACAGUAUUCCAACGUGCCUGUUCUUCAGCAUCAACGUUGUGUUUCUUCUCUGAUUUGGGCUGGCUGCGCUCUCUCCUCCCGACUUAACGAGCAUAUCAAGGAUCCCAGGUGCAUUGUGGGAUUUGUAGUGAACUAGACCAGGAGGAAGAAAGGAUUUUUUUCUCAAACACCAAACCCUUCAGCAGCUUCGGACUCUCUGGACGUUUGGAUGAAAAACAGGAUUUUAAAAUGUUUCUGCUGAUAAAAUAAAUUACAGAAUUCCUGCAGUUUCA